AUGUAUUCGGACGGCGGUUUCUCAGCGACUAAAUGCGGAAACACGCUGUGCGACUGGGCGUACCUUACCGACCCUCCGGUUGUCGAUGUCAAGCAGGAUGUACGCCUCGCGUGUUCGAUUGCCUGCCAUGACGCCGAUGGCCAGUUGUAUAGUGCCAAGAACGAACAGGCAUUCCAUAUGGAUUGCCAGAAGCGCCACAGCACGGCCUGGUUCCACAGAACAUCCCAGGACUCCCUAAAGGACUGCAUCAACUCUUAA